AUGCUACCACUUUACUUGUUAACUAAUGCCAAGGGACAGCAGAUGCGUAUAGAGCUGAAGAAUGGUGAUAUAGUGGAGGGUGAGCUGACUAAUGUGGAUAAUUGGAUGAAUCUGACUCUUGCCAAUGUGAAUGAAUACAAAGGUAGUGAGAACAACACAAACUUGCCUCAAGUUAAAGUUGUUAAGUCUAAAGAAAUCUACGUCAGGGGUGUUUAUAUAAAAUAUAUCACACUUCAAGAUGAUAUCAUAGAGAAGGUCAAGCAACAAAUCAACAACAAUAAUAAUAAUAACAAUAAUAGAAAGUUUAACAACAGAAAUCAUCAAAACAACUACGGAUAUAGGAGGAAUAACACUGGUGGUAAUUACAACAAUGGCAACAACAACAAUAAUAAUAAUAACAAUAAUAAUAACAGGAGAAACUACAACAACCGUCGCUACUACAACAACCAAAACCAAAACCAAAACCAAAACCAAAGCCAAGGUCAAAGUCAGGGUCAAAAGAAUCAACAAUUUGAGUAG